AGGAGACUUCCACUCGGAAUUGCAUAUUCAAAGAAAGCGGACAAGACAAGGGAAAGGAGAAGAUAGACAUACAGCGUGGAGAAGAGAUUGAGGAAAUUCAAAUGGUGCAGGGAUGCGAUGACCGAAAAUUCAGGAUUGGAAAAGAUUUGGGAGAGCCAAUCAGGUCGAAGCUGAUCAAUUUAAUAAGGGAAUUUACGGACAUUUUCGCGUAUACAACGGAUGAACUAACGGGGAUCGAGGCCAGGGUGAUCGAGCACAGACAUAAUAUUGAUCUCAGUGUGAGGCCGAUAAAGCAAAAGAGGAGACAUCAUGGUGCGGAAAUGGACAAAAUCAUUGAGCAGGAGGUCGACAAGCUGAUGAACGCUGGGCACAUUAAGAAGAUUCAGUUCCCUGAGUGGUUAUCUAACACGGUAAUGGUGUCCAAACCGGGAGGAAAGUGUAGGAUGUGCAUCGAUUUCCGUGAUCUAAACAAGGCUUGCCCGAAAGAUCUAUACCCGCUGCCAAGGAUCGACCAGCUGGUAGACUCCACGGCGGGGUGCGAGUUGCUUAGCCUGAUGGACGCCUCACAGGGGUAUCAUCAGAUCCCCUUGGCGAAAGAAGACUGGAAGAGAGUGAGCUUCAUAACAAGCAAAGGCACCUAUUGUUAUGUAGUCAUGCUGUUUGGAUUAAAAAAUGUCGGGGCCACUUACCAGCGGUUGGUCGACCAAAUUUUCAAAGACCAGUUGGGGAGGAAUAUGGAGGUGUACGUCGAUGACAUGCUGGUAAAGAGUAAGGUGGAGGUGGACCACAUGGGCGACCUGAGGGAGACUUUCCAAACACUGAGGAGGUUCGGCAUGAAGCUCAACCCAGCUAAGUGCUCGUUUGGUGUAAAGGCAGGGAAGUUCUUGGGAUACAUGGUAACAAAGCGGGGCAUAGAGGUGAAUCCCGAGAAAGUAAGAGCUGUGAUCGAAAUGAAGCCACCGGCCAAUGUGAAGGAAGUCCAAAUACUAACUGGUCGAAUAGCAAGGCUAAGCCGAUUCAUUUCCAAGGUGGCUGAAAAAAGCAGCCCUCUGUUCAAAACCUUGAAGAAGAGCUCGAAGUUUCAGUGGACAGAGGAAGCCCAGAAGGCCUUCGAGGAGCUGCAGGGGACGCUGGCUAACUUGCCCUUACUGGCCAAGCCAAUUCACGGAGAGGAACUUGUGCUCUACAUAUCGGUGGGCGAGAGUGCAGUAAGCUCAGUAUUAUUGCGGGAAGAGGGAGUGGCGCAAUUCCCAAUAUACUAUGUUAGUCGAGUAAUGCAAGGAGCAGAGUUGAGAUACUCGGAAAUUGAGAAGUGCGCAUUGGCGGUGGUCGUGACAGUCCGAAAGCUGAGGCCAUACUUCCUAAACCACAAGGUCAAGGUGCGCACAAACAUGCCAUUGGAGCAGACUUUAGGUCGACCAGCAGUAUCUGGCCGGCUAGUAAAGUGGGCG